AUGGACGCCGUCGAGCUGAAGACGUACUUCGAGACGAUCCUGGUGGGCAUGGCCGAGCUGCGCACCGAGCAGUGCCAGAUUCGCAGCGACAUCAGCAAGUUGAGAUGCGAGCUGAAGGAUCUGUGGCUCCAGGUGGCCAAGGACAUCAGCAACAGGGACAGCAAGGAGGCCGCCAUCGAGAUCUCGGGCACCAACAAGGAGAGCUGCGCC